UCAUUUUUUCACAGAAAAAUUAAGUUUUCCUCUACUACAGGAUUAAUGAGCAAUUUACAACUGCCAGAUACCUUAAAACAUCCACGAUUAACAGCGACAUCUUUGGCUGCUGGCACAAAACGCAACUCAACAUAACCUAACUUUGGCUAACUUGACAUAACCUAACCUAACUUUUUCCAAAAAGAAAAAUAAUCCCAGUUUUUCGACUUUAUUUAUUAAAUAAGACACUAUGGUAUGAAUCUUAAUCGAGGCUUACGCACAUCCAUGUUUUCCCUUGGAAGGAGCGCUUUGAGGCGCCCGGUGGUCAAUUGCUCAAUUUGCUUAAAAAACAUUAACUUGUCCUGCAACAAUACACCUGAAACUGCAUCCAAACCUCAGGACCAGAAAACAUUGAAGUUUCGAAAUAAGCUGCUUAACGGGCCGAAUUUAAAAGAUUUUUUUAAGGACACACACCUAAAGCACCAAGACCACCUACCUGAGGAGCAAGUUGCCCCCUAUUUGGUGCAGUCUGUCCCAUAUGGAGGUCAAAGAAAAGUGUAUUUUGACGUAUAUGGUUGCCAAAUGAACGUAAAUGAUACCGAAGUAAUAUGGGCCAUUUUAAAAGAACACGGGUUUGAAAAAACUAAUCACAUUAGAAAUGCAGAUGUCAUACUAAUUGUUACAUGCGCCAUCAGAGAUAGUGCAGAAGAGAAAAUAUGGAACAAAUUGAACUUUAUUAAAGGGCUGAAAGGUAAGAGAAGAAAAAAUAUGCCCACCUUGAAAGUCGGGAUUUUAGGGUGCAUGGCCGAAAGGCUCAAAGAAAAGGUUUUGGAGACCGACCAAACGGUGGAUUUGGUUGUGGGACCCGAUGCUUACAGGGAUUUACCAAGGUUGCUAGCUUUGACAGAGAACAACCAGAAAUCUGUAAAUGUACUGCUAUCCUUUGACGAAACUUACGCGGAUAUAACUCCCGUAAGGCUUAACGAGAACUCAGUUUCCGCAUUCAUUUCCAUCAUGAGGGGUUGCGAUAAUAUGUGUACUUACUGUAUAGUCCCGUUCACCAGGGGUCGCGAGAGGUCAAGACCGGUAACUUCGAUUUUAAGGGAAGUAGAACAUUUGUCCGAACAGGGGGUAAAAGAAGUCACUUUACUGGGUCAGAACGUUAACAGUUAUAGGGACCUUUCGGAAUCUAAUCAGGGGGAUAAUUUGACCUCUCUGGCGAAGGGUUUUAAGACCGUUUAUAAAUUGAAAAAGGGCGGUUUGAGGUUUGGUGAUCUUUUAUACAAGGUGGCUCAGGUUAAUCCGGAAAUGCGGAUCAGGUUUACGUCUCCGCAUCCCAAGGAUUUUCCUGAUGAAGUCAUUGAGAUGAUAAGGUCCCACCCAAAUAUCUGCAAAAGCUUACAUAUGCCCGCACAGUCCGGAAAUACCGCAGUUCUUGAAAGAAUGAGAAGAGGUUACAGCAGAGAAGCAUAUUUACAACUAGUGAAACACGUGAGAAACAGGAUCCCGGAGGUCUCUUUAAGUUCCGAUUUCAUUGCCGGUUUUUGUGGGGAAACUGAUGAAGAGUUCGAGGACACGCUGUCUCUUAUGGAGGAAGUGAAAUACAACACAGCGUUUCUGUUUCCUUAUAGCAUGAGGGAGAAAACUACCGCACACAGGAGGCUCAUUGACGAUGUGUGUGAUAAAGUAAAGAACGAAAGAUUGCAAAAAAUGAUCGAGGUGUUCAGGAGGAACGCUUACGUUUUAAACGCAGGACAAAUAGGUAAAAUCCAUUUGGUACUGAUAGAGGGAUUUAGUAAACGAUCUGAAAACAAUUUGCAAGGAAGAAACGAUAAUAACAUAAAAGUAAUUAUACCGGCAAACGAUUUGGUGCCUUCCAGGGAUGGGACAAAUUCGAAACUCUUAUCACCGGGGGACUACGUGGCUGUCCAUAUAAAUGCCGCCAAUUCCCAAGUGUUAAAAGGAAUUCCCCUCUAUUACACCGGACUUCAAGACUUCUUUCAGCAGAACCCAAGUCAUUUUCUCGACAAUCACCAGCUAUCCAUGGAGUAUCAUCAAUAAGGUCCAACUACUUAAAUAAGCCUAAAAGUGUAUUGUAGAAACAAUAAACAUUUAUUUAUG